AUGAAGAGGUCAGCGGCCGCAAUUGCUGCCGCACUGCAUUGGAACGGCACAAAGUCCAAGAAGACCAAGGUUGAAUCUGAGGUCGUUUCAGUACCUUCUGAUGAAAGUGUAACUGAAAUCUCAUCCGAUGAGCUGCUGACUCUGCUGAAAAAUGAGCCGACUCCGCUGAAAAAUGAACCAACUUCUGCCAUCAAGCUCUUCUAUAACCCCAGCUAUGAACUCCACGAUUCAUUGAGCAAGCAUGCUUCGGAGUACAAUCAGGAUACCGUGACAUUGAACGAAUUGAUAGGAAUCAAAGACCUUGAUGAAACUUUUCAGUUCAACUUUAGUAUUGAUAUACCGUUUUUUCUCACCCACAUGCACCCUGAAUUUGUCAAAAGAAAGAGAAAAAUCACAUUUAUCACCGGAAGACAGCAAUUGUCUGUUUUUGACGAAGAAUUGCAAAAUCUCUUGUCAAUUUUCAAUUUAAAUGAAAUCAUCGCCGACCUUCCUGAUCGGUUUGGAACCCACCACACAAAGAUGAUGAUAAACUUCUUCGAGAACCAGCUAUGCGAAGUGGUGAUAAUGACGUGCAAUAUAACCAAAUUGGACAUUGGUGGUCUUACCCAGAUGUGCUGGCGUUCAGGUAGAUUGGCUUUGGGUACCACCAAACCUGAUUCAAUGGGCUAUCGUUUUCAGCGAGAUUUGACAGACUACUUGAAGCGGUACAAAAAAAAGAAGCUCAGUGAGUUGGCAAACAGAAUUAUGGAAUAUGACUUUUCCAGCAUAAAUGUCGAGCUCGUAGCUUCGGCUCCAGGAUAUUUCGAUAUGGACGAUAUCACUACCAAUAGCGAAGUGUAUGGUUUUGGUAAAUUGUACCAGGUAUUGAAGCGCAACAAUCUCCUUAUCAAAGAUACUUCAAAACAUCACAAUAUGCUCUCACAAGUAUCUUCAAUUGCAUAUCCUGUGGUGUCUGAAAAGUUUCAUACAUCGUCCAUUUUCACCCAUAUUUUAUGUCCCCUUAUUUUUGACGAUCCACAAUUCAGCAUGCUUUCUCCUGGAAGGGAAACCACCAGAAACCACCAAAAAUUGUACAACUAUACCCCAACUAUUGUAUAUCCUACUGCCCAAGAAGUGAGCCAAGCCAACGUUGGUUUCGGUGCUGGUGCUUCAAUUCACUUCAACUACACCAGAUCCCAUGCCCAUGAGAACCAAUACAAGCAAAACAUCCUCCCUUAUCUCCAUAAAUGGACUUCCAAAGCCGAUACCGCCGGCCGUAACCAUGUUCCGCCGCACGUCAAGCUCUAUCUAUGCGAUAACGGCGAUGAGUGGAAAUCCAUAAAAUGGGCACUUUUGUGCAGCCAUAACCUUUCCAAACAAGCAUGGGGUGCGCCAAAAUCCAAAAAUGGUAGAAAAUACCAUGUAGCAAGCUAUGAACUAGGAGUAUUGGUUCCUGGAACCCCACACACCCUUACACCAACAUAUCCCCACGACCACCUGAAAAAUUGCUUGGCGCCACUAAGAUUGCCUUUCAAGGUUCCACCAGAACCGUACGGUGACUCUGACCAGCCCUGGAGCCCGCAUAUGAAUUUUGGAGAGUUAAAAGACCGUUUUGGUAACACAUACCAGCCGUGA